AGUUUGUGCUCACCAUGGACACCGUUCAUAUCGAGAACAUUGGAAUCGUCGCUCCCCUGGUCUUCAUCAUUGCGAUGCUGUGUAUGCCACCUGGAGUGGGCGGAGGUAUUCUCUUCGUGCCUCUACUGAAUCUGGUGGGACGCCUUCCGUCCAAGAAUGCAACUGCGAUGAGUCAAGGGCUUAUAAUGUCGGCUACGGUCGCUAAGGUCCUUUUCUCUCUGCACGCGCAAUAUACCUCAAGGCGUAGAGGUAGAGUGAUCAAUCUACCGUAUGUGGUGCUCAUGUUGCCAUGCAUGAUAGUCGGUGGUUUAAUCGGUAUAUAUAUUUACUCCUGGUUACCCGUGCUCAUCCAGCUGAUUCUCUACGUUAUCACGGCACUCUUCGGAUCGGCUAUGUCAUUAUUAAAGGGCUUCCAUUUAUGGCGAGCAGAAACAUCAGAGAAAGAAAAAGCGAAGCGAGAUGCGGAAGUCUCUGCAGGGGGCACUCUCAAAGUGCCAGCUUCGAGUACAGUUGAAACGGUCGUACCACCGCUACUGCGGCCGAUAACGAGGCGCAAGGCUGUGGCCUGCGUGAUCACCAUCUUCGCCGUAUGGAUAUUGGUGAUCUUGUCUAGACUUAUCCUAGGAUCCUCUUCAACUAGAAGUAUAGUUGGUAUAUCCUAUUGUGAAGGCUUGUACUGGGCUCUCUCUGUUGUUGUCGUUGUGGUUCUCUUGAUGGUUCCACUUGCAUACGCGCUGAUCGACCGAUCGCCUGGAUCUUCGAAAGCUGCAUUGACCUUGUCUGGAUCGUUGCUAGGUAUUGGUUUUUUAGCAGCAGUAGUGGGAAUCAGUGGCGGUAUCAUCAUUACUCCGUUGGUCAUGUUCACCGGCUUGACACCACCUCAGGCAUCAGGCACUGGCUCAGUGGUCAUUCUAGUUAACAGUUCGAGCCUUGCCCUCUCCUUUGGCCUUGGUGGAUAUCUACCUGAUGCAUCCGCCCUUUGGAUCAUCGCUCUUCCCUUCUGCGGUGCUCUUACCGGCGAUAUAAUUCUAACGAGGAUCAUGCGACGAACAGGACGCACGAGUAUCCUGGCUUUUCUACUGUCCAGUCUUGCCGCUCUCGGGGCCAUAAUAGUGCUGAUUACAGGAAUAAUAUCGAUCGUGAACGAUAGCAACACCGGGGCCAGUCCCCUAUCAACGGGCAGCUUUUGCUAGUCGCACUGGCAAAUUCAGUGAGUCGCUAGCUGUAUACCCAUUCUCUCUUUUUUACACGUAUGUUUUGGCCCUGUCGAGUAUAAUUUCAACUGACAUUAUUGUCAGGAACUUUUU